AUGAUUCUUGGCGUUGUUGCUGCACCUUUCGUGCAUUACGACAAGUUCAAACUCCUGCACUUCCUCAGCAUGUGGGGCUACAUCCUAGCCAUCGUCCACAUGCUUGACCACGCUGUUGCUCUGCAGACGAUCGCCUCCAUAGCAGUUGCGGCAGGGAACUGUGUUGCCUUGUUGGCCUUCAUCGUGCAGAAGGUGUACACCAAGGCAUCGGCUGGGAAGGUGACGGUUAAGAAGGCAGAGCUGGUGAAAGAGUCCGGUGGACAGCACCUUUUCCUGACCAUGUCGGUACCCAACUUCAAGUUCAAGCCAGGUCAGUGGGGCCAUCUCGCAGUGGGAAAGGCGUCACCGGUGCCGCAUCCAUUCACCCUGAUCCCGGGAGAGAGCAGCGACGAAGUCAGGAUCUUCAUGAAGAUCAACAGGAGCGGCUUCACUUCCAAGAUGGCAAAGAUUUGCGCUGCACGGCUUACAAUGAAGUGA